GAUUGUGAAAUUCAACCCCCAAAACAGGGCACAUCAUCAUCAAUAAAACAUUGGACACAUUUCCUUGUCUUAUGCAAUUAUAUUUGGCCUUGAAUUUAAGGAGUUUAAUUUUUAAUACCCUGGUGCAGAAUUUGUGAAUGGGGUGCAUCUGAGUGUCACCUGGCGUAGUGGUCACGGAUGAGUAAGCAGCUAUUUCCUUGGGUUACUUUCUAGCAUAGUAGCCUUGCUGUUCAUUGUCCCAGUCGAGAGGGCGGAACUCUCUGUCAGUCGUCUGCUGCCACCGGAGGACAUCCAUUGGGUCGUCUGAGGAUACGGGUGCCAGGUUGUGGGUUCGAUCAUGCGUAACAUGGUGGUCAGCUUCGUUGUCUGUCCUACUCAGAGUUAAAACCUCCCUGCCCUUUGUCUGUUAAAGAGUCGGUGGAGAAGAGAGGGAAAAAGGAGAGCAUCUUAUAAUUUCUGUGAUUCGCUGUGUAUGGAUUGAAACUGCCUCUAAAUCCUGUACUGGAAUCCCUCCAUCUUGUUGACUUUGAUAUGGUUAUCACACAGGAGACUUGUGAAGAAAAUGACUUUAGAGACAGUAGAAGCAGCAUGCCUGAGUCCCCUGACGUUAAGUCCUCUAUAGCCUAUACCUCUCCCCCCAGUAUGACCAGUGGGACGGUGACUGUACCCCCCACCCGUGACCUGGCUAGACCUCACUCUGGCAGCAGCAGCCUAUCAGUGAAUGGAAGCCACUCUCCGUUGUCGCUGAUGAAUGGCCGGACCCCCUCCCCCUCUGCCCUGGUGAACUCCUCCAUGAGUCAACAACUACCCCCAGCCUGUGGGGCCAGGCAGCUCUCCAAACUCAAACGAUUCCUGACCACAUUACAGCAGUUUGGCUCGGAUAUCUCGCCGGAUAUCGGUGAGCGAGUGCGGACACUGGUGCUUGGACUAGUGAACUCCCAUUUGUCAAUAGAAGAAUUCCAUGCAAAACUCCAAGAGGCAACAAACUUCCCCUUGAGACCAUUUGUUAUUCCAUUUCUGAAGGCCAAUUUGCCAUUGUUACAGCGAGAGCUUCUUCACUGCGCGCGAAUGGCCAAGCAGAGUCCUCAGCAGUACCUGGCCCAGAAUGAACACAUCCUGUUCGACGCAUCGAACAGUUCAUCGCCCGAGUCACAGGACAUCUCCGUCGACAUUAAUGAAAACGGCAAAAGGCGAUCCCCGGACAGCCGCAAGGAGAAUAAUUUUGACAUCAGUCAAGAUUCCCUGAAUCCAGCCAAGCGACACCAGACGAUGAGUCCGCGAGUCAGUCCUAACGGAGUGUUAAACCUCAACAGUGGACCAAUCAAAUUGGAGGACAUCAGCUUGUCGCGGGAGCUGCGGGAGCGAGAGCGAGCAGAGAGGGACAGGGUUGACAGGGACCGGUCGGAGCGCGGGGGGGACAGGCACUACCAGCCCUUCAAUAACAAUUACUCAAGAUCUGAUUCCUUUGAUCCUCUGGAGAGAAUGGAUGACGACUGGAGACACGUAGAAACGAUGUUGAAUUGUAUCAUUGGGAUGGUGGACAAGACAAAGAGAGCCCUGGCCGUUCUCCAGGAGCGGAGUCUCCGGGACCGCGAGGAGCUGUCCCUGUGGAUGCGCAGACACGCUGAGGGGAUGGACGUUGAUAUGAAGAAGCGAUCCAACGACCUGAUGGCUCACACCCUCAGACAGACAGAGGACCGCGUCUCCGAUGUCCGCAGGAGGGCAGAAGAAGCCGUUCAGGAAGUGAAGAGACAGGCAAUGCUAGAGCUGCAGAAAGCUGUCUCAGCCGCUGAACAAAAGGCCACAGAAAUGGUGUCUGCUGAGCGAAUCAAGAUGGAGCGCUCCAUGUCAGACUCUCGGAAGAAAAUUCGAGAGGAAGUAAUGGCUCAGUUCAACCACCAGGAGGAAUCCAGUGAGAGAUUACACUCUGGUUUACAGAGUUGCUGGAACUGUGGUAGGAAGGCCAGUGAGACAUGCAGUGGUUGUAAUGUGGCACGGUACUGCGGAUCCUUCUGCCAGCACAAGGAUUGGGAGAACCACCACCAUGUGUGUGGCAAGUCACAAGUGAGCAUGCCCGAGACCCGACCGGACCGCGCUUCAUCGACGGUGCACAGCUCGCCGCAGCCCAAACACAGCCCCGGUCAAACCGCGGAGGUCACUGCUCCACAGUCCUCCCUCAGCCCCAGUGGUCCAGCCACCUCAUCCCCCAAGACGGCCUCCAGGUCAAGUACACCUCCAGAGAAACCUGUGGAUGUGAUAGGAUAAACCUCCCUAAGCCGACCUCUUUCAUCUGUUGAGCAAGUUCAGUGAAGAAAAAAAUGGCAACUUUCAUACAUUAUAUAUCUUCGAUGAUAUUAUUCUGUGAAAUUUUGUUUGGACCAAUUUGAAUAAGAAUUCUUGUGCAAACAGUGCAAUGAGCACUAAAUUAGCAGGUCAUGGACAAUUUAUCUCUUGACAUUCCAGGUUAUCAAAGCAGAGAUUUAGAGGUGGGGUCCAUAGUGGACCUGACUGAAAAGAGAUUUUGACCCCCAAUAUAUUGUAACUCUUUCUAGUCAUCCGUUGUACUCUGUAAUGUGAAUCGGUGAUAAUAAGACAAAUUGUAUUGAAGAGAAGGCAAUAGGCCUUCUGACCGUUUCACCCAAUGGGGUCAAGGGUCUAAGGUCAUACGUGGACCUAAAAAUUGUGACUUCUUAGAAUUGGAUUGGUGUUGUAUUGUACUGAGGGGUGUCCAUAUUUGAGGAGGGGGCCUCCCAAGGGGGCAGUAGAGGUGUUAGUGGGACUGAUCUCUGUGAUAACCAGUAUAUAAUCGGCCACUGCCACCUGUCAGGAGCCCUGCUGAUGUUUACCUGUAUCCCCCUCAAGCCAGCUUUCUCAUUUUGUGUCUGUGGGUGUAAAUGGUGUCACCUUUUUUUCAUUAGAGAGUGUUAAAAGUCACGCAUGGAACUAAUAAUUGUCUCAUAUUUGUCUGUAAAGUGCUGUCAUUUCAAAAUAUUCUAUUUUUUCUUAAAAUAUUUUAAAAAAUAUUAACAUGUGAUAGAAGACAUGCCCCAUUACUGUUUGUGUGUGUAUGUAUGUGAGUGUGUGUGUGUACAUGUGUAUGGGUGAGUGUGUAUGUGUGUGUUGUCCUCCAAACAUAAUGCUAUAUCAUCUAUCCAAUGGCAGAAGUGUGGAUUUUAUGACCAGCCAGUCGUUAAUAUAGACACAGCAUCAUUGAACGUAGUGGGCAGAUACCUUCAUUUUGUAACACCAUAAUUCGGUAGUCCUUUAUCAUCCUCUCAUUGACUGUAUCAUUCAGGUGUAACCUCAGAGAUGAUUAGCAUAUUACAUCAUUCUGUGUAUGAGUAAAGGGAAUUUAUUUCUGUUUGGUCGGGUUAGAGAGUUAUUGGGUAAGAGAGUUAUCAGGUAAGAGAGUUAUCAGGUAAGAGAGUUAUCGGGUUAGAGAAUUAUUGGGUAAGAGAGUUAUCUGGUUAGAGAGUUAUUGGGUAAGAGAGUUAUCGGGUUAGAGAGUUAUCAGGUAAGAGAGUUAUCGGUCUGUGUUUUCGGUGUACGCUGUGCAAUAUCUGUUAUCAUGUGUUAUGUUUUUUGUCCGACAGCUGACAGUAUGUUGUCAUUCUCAGUCUUAAAUAAAUACUCAAAGAAAAUACA